GGAGGGGAGAUCAAGAAGUGGCCGGGGUGGCCGGGGGACAACGUGUUCCGCUUGAUCGUGCCGGUGGCGAAAGUGGGGAGCAUCAUCGGGAAGAAGGGGGAGCUUAUCAAGAAGAUCUGCGAGGAGACGAGAGCGAAGAUUAGGGUUCUUGACGGCGUAGCCGGGACCGCGGAUCGCGUUGUUCUGAUUCAUGGAAAAGAAGAUCCAGAAGCAGAUUCGUCUCCUGCAAUGAAUGCUGUGCUAAAAGUAUUCAAACGUGUUAGUGGUGUCUCAGAUACUGGAGCUGACGGUGCACCUCAAGAAUCCUCCACCCCUGCAACAUGUUCAGUUCGGUUGUUGGUGCCAGCAUCUCAAGCUAUUAACUUGAUUGGAAAACAAGGGACUUCAAUUAAAUCGUUUCAAGUGAAUAGUGGUGCGAUAAUACGAGUUAUUACAGGAGAUGAGCUCCCCUUUUAUGUUACCGAGGAAGAAAGAGUAGUCGACAUUCAAGGUGAACCCUUGAAGGUUCUUAAGGCUCUUGAAGUUGUGGUUGGUCAUUUGCGGAAAUUUUUGGUUGAUCAUAGUAUUCUUCCCUUAUUUGAAAAAAGUCCGCAGCCCAAUGCAUCACUUGUUCAAGCUCAAGCUCCUGUAGCAGCUCCUUGGAGUGAUCAAGCUCCAUCAUUGAUACAUACUGCUCAGCAGUCUGGCAUGGGCAGUGAUUAUUCAUUCCCAUUGAAGCGUGAUUCUCUGUAUCUGGAGCACGAUUCUCAUUUAGAUUCACAAAUCCAACGUUCAGGUGCACUGUCGUCACUUUAUCGGCAGGAACCUCCUCUUUCUGGACUGCAUUCCACAGGAUUAGGGCGGAGUGCUGCCGCUUUAGUUACUCAGGUUGUGCAAACAAUGCAGAUUCCAAUAUCAUAUGCAGAGGACAUCAUCGGCAUCGGUGGAGCAAACAUUGCAUACAUCCGUCGCACAAGUGGAGCUGUCCUUACUGUUCAGGAGAGUGGAGGCUUGCAUGAUGAGAUCACAGUUGAGAUCAAAGGCUCUUCUACUCAAGUUCAGGCUGCUCAACAGCUCAUUCAGGAUUUUAUGUCGGGACAUAAAGAACCAGCAGUUAGCGGUUAUGGAGGUCUAGAUACGGGACUAAGGUCAUCAUCAUAUUCUCAUCUAGCAAGUUCAGCAUACUCAUCCUCAUCCCUCGCUUCAGAAUAUGGUGGAUAUGGCUCUGGAUUGGGACGAUACGGUGACUACAGAUAUUAAUCCGAAACGCUACUGAUUAGGCCGAAAUAGCUGCUCUCUCUACUUGGUUUUGGUUGCAUAUUGCCUCGGCCGAUCGGGCUUUUUACUAAAUGACCACGCUUUCCUUGUUUAUUGUAUAAAUUUUGGUACGUGGUAGUAUUAGGUUCUUAUAUAACAGUUUGAUGUAUCUUCUUGCUCAUUCUGAUUAACGAAAUGGUUCCUUGCUUUUCACCAAUUAA